AUGGUGGUCCUGGUGGUUGUUGAAAAAGUUAUUUAUGACUAUGAUUAUGUAUUUUCUAAGAAUGGUCUUGUGGCUCACAAAGAUGGGAAGCUCAUUGGCACCCAGAGCUUGAAGUCACAUCUUGGAGAUGAUAAGCUCAAGGAAUUUAUCAAUUUUACACUUCACUAUAUUGCUGACUUGGACAUACCGAUAAAGAGGGGUACAUUUAUUGAGUUCCGAAGUGGGAUGAUUAAUGUAUCACCAAUUGGGCGAAACUGGAGCCAAGAGGAAAGAGAUGAAUUUGAAAGAUAUGAGAAGCAUCCAAGUAGCAACUACUGGUAUUAG